UCUUUCUUAUCCUCUUGUGCAUUCGAGAUGCUUCUGAAUUUGUGGAUGGAUGUACGUAGGAUUGAAUAUUUAUGAUAGUAUGUCAAGUAAGUGGUUCUGAAUUGGCAACAGAUUUGGCAAUGUUGUUUAUUUGAUUCGUGUUGAUUUUUAAGAUAUUAGAAGAAUUUUUAAUUAAGUGAAAAGUUGUUAAAUGAAACUGAACUGCUGUCUUCAAAUACAUUGAAAUUUUCGAUUGCACUAUGAAGUGUUUUCAAAUCUUUGUGAAAUUAAUUACAUUUUGAAGUCUUACGUAUAUGUUUCAGAAUUUGGAAAAAAAGUAUUGCAUUUUAAUUUUUUUCAAUAAUGUUUUCCAAUUUAAAGAUAUAGUUCUUCUAGUUAUUAUUUAGCAGAAAUAGUUUAAGGAAAAUUCUCAAGAUUAUUCUAAAAGAAAUACUUAUUGAUGAACACUCCAAUGAUAAAUUCAAGUUUCACUCCAUUAAACUUAGAUUGAUGUACAGAAAUGUUUAAUUAUUUUCCUUUUUUAAAAAAAAGGAAAAAUCAUGAAAACUGAAGUGAUUUCAGAAAAGAUUUUCAAAAUUGAAGAACAAAUUCUAGAAUGAAGAAAAGAUUUAUGAAUGAAGAAAGGAUGCUAAGGCAUGCAAAAAUAUUCUAGAUUAUAAAAGUGAUUCUUUAAUAUCAAACUGAUUUUAAAAAUAAAUGAAUUUUGAAUGAAAAUAAUAGCUUUUGAAUGAAGUGUUUAUUAUGAAAGUAUUGGAGUAUUUCUUAUAACUGCUAAAGUGACAUUAGAUUAGAUUAAAAAAGCGAUUCGAAAAUUGAAGAUAUUACAGAAAGAGUAACUCUAAAAAGAUAUUCUACAAGUAAGAAACCCUAAAAAAUGAGAAUGGUUCUAAGAAAAUGAACACUAACACUAGAACAAAGAAGUGGUGUUAUAAAUAAAAAUUAAGAAAACGAUUCAGCUCAUAAUAAAUGAUUGAAUGUUCUUUAACAUAAAACAACCAAAUGAGAACUUUUCUAUGAAAUAUGAAACAAAUUAUAAAUACGUUAUGUCAUAAAGCCGAAAAAUGUCCAUAAAUAGCAUAGAACACGAAUAAAUAUUCCUUGACUUAUCAUAAAACAAUCGAUUCUAGAAUAGAAUUUUAUUUCCGUCUGAUUAUAAAACUUGUUAAGACGCGUUUCAUGCACGACGGAGAAUAACUUUCCUAUUGAGAUAAACUUAGUUACCAAAUAUUGACCUCAACCUCAUUGUUUGUAAACUAUCCAAGAAAGCUACUUUGAACUGAACAUCGACUAAAGGAUUUGCUUCAUGAUAUGAUUUUCCGCAAUGGUUUUUCUCCUCGUCUCAGUUUUCGUUCAAGUCCUAACAAGUCUUAAUCCUGAAAAACAAAAGGAUUGUGGAAUAAAGAGGAAAGAUUUCUCACGAAGGGAAAAAAUAAUUUUUAGUGUUCGUGAGGCACCAUGCUGUUACUGAAGAUACAUAUGACAACGACAUUCCAUCCAAAGAUCCACCAUUCAUAACUCUUUAAAAUAGAUUAAUCAUGGAAAUAAUGAGAUUUCAAAUAGUGUACUGGCUAUGGGUUAUUCUUAAGAUGACAAGUAGUUUUGAUCAUAACAAGAAAAUUCAUCGUACUAAGCCGCUUCACAAACGUAUGGAUCCAGUUCUCUUAAGGCAAACGUUUCAUGUUGAAUCCUAUGAUCAAGUUCCUCAAUACGAAGUGGUGCAUGUUCGUGCUGUAUCUAAACGCAGUACAGCUAACAGUCAAGUACGGCGAGUGCAUUUAUCAGCAUUUGGUCGUGAUAUGCAUUUAAAUUUACAAAGAAACGAUGAUUUUGAUUCUCGUCUUAGAUCUAUGAAAAUGUAUUUGGCAGAAAGUACGAACAAUGGAAUCCAGUACAAAGAGAUGCCCCCGGAAGAUGAUGAUCCUGGUACUACUUAUCACGAUUUAGAUCAAAUGGCUGCAGUAACUAUUCGCCAUGGAAACGACGGAAAACUACAGAUGGAAGGUACUAUUGGCAAUGAUCUUGUUGUUAAACCUGUGCCAACAGCUAUCCUAGUGCCCGAGGAUGGUUUUGUUGAUGAUGAGAUGUUUUUAGAUGAAGAUGAAAGCUACGAACGGAGUAGGAAUAACACUAUUGCGGGAUCGACUCUAAGAUCUUCUCCAUCUUCCCGAAGAAAUCUUCCCAAUUCCAGAGGAGGUGCUCACGUUGUUUAUAGAGGGCCAACAGCUUCAAAUGAUUCACACAGUGAUUUUUUACCUCUAGAUUCAGUUCAAGGUACUUACAAUUGGGAAGCAGCAAGAACACGUCCAAGAGCCAACAUGGGUAGAAGAAAUAAAAGAGCUCUAGCUCCCUCUUCGGUGUGGCCAGAAAUUUUACUAUUAGUUGAUUAUGGGAGUUUUGUUCUUCACGGUUUAAGCAGUCGUCACAUCAAGCGGUAUUUUGUCAGUUUCUGGAAUGGGGUAGAUUUGAGGUACAAGGCUUUAUCAAGUCCACAAAUUAGAAUAAGUUUAGCUGGAAUUAUUGUUGCGAAGAGCAAAGAUGCCACACCCUAUUUGGAACGAAACCGAUUGCCGAGUCCCAAUCGUGAUGCUAUUGAUGCUGCCGCAGCCUUAACAGAUAUGGGAAAAUAUUUAUACCAAGAAAAUAGGCUGCCUGCUUAUGACAUGGCAGUUGUUAUGACAAAAUUAGACAUGUGUAGAAAGCAGUUCGGUGGAGGUAGAUGCAGUAGGGGCACAGCAGGUUUUGCUUAUGUGGGUGGAGCGUGCGUCGUGAACAAACGAUUAGAGAAAGUGAAUAGUGUGGCUAUUAUAGAGGACAGUGGCGGGUUCAGUGGCAUCAUAGUGGCGGCACAUGAAGUUGGCCACCUUUUGGGAUGUGUUCAUGAUGGAUCUCCACCACCGAGCUAUCUGGGAGGCCCUGGAGCGACACGGUGUCCAUGGGAAGAUGGUUUCAUCAUGAGUGAUCUCCGGCACACAGAUCGAGGUUUCAAAUGGUCCUCAUGCAGCGUUGAACAAUUCAAACAUUUCUUAAAUGGAGAAACAGCUUCCUGCCUUUUCAACUAUCCGGAUGAUAAUAAAUUAUUGGCCAGAGAAUUACCAGGAACCAUGCUCACACUUGAUGAACAGUGUGAAAGAGAUCGAGGAACUCAAGCUUGCUUCAAAGACAGUCGAGUUUGUGCUCAAUUAUUUUGCUAUGACAAUGAUUCAGGCUAUUGCGUUUCAUUUCGACCAGCUGCAGAAGGCUCUUCGUGUGGUGAUGGGCAGGUGUGCAAAAAUGGAAAAUGCAUAGUAGAUAAUGAAAACAUAAUUCCUGAUUACACCCACGUCACAAGAUCAAUAGCAAAUCGCAUUGAUAAAGAACCACCGAAACAAACAACGAGUAGGCCAUCACCUGUAAGAGUGAACAAACCAAUCAGCAGGGCUUCCAGAAGACCGCCCAGACCUUCCAUAUCUAACAGAAAUAGCAUUAAGCCAGUUCAAAAACAAACACCAUCCACAACUUCAACAACUACUACAACGACAACAGUCAGUGCACCAAAAGAUUGUGAAGAUAUUGUGGAAAAACUUGCGGGUGGACUUACUUGCACAGAAUUCUUAGAGCGGUACGGAGACCGAUAUUGUAGGCACAAUUACAUGAUUAAAAAUUGCUGUCAUUCUCAUCAAAUAGUGUGUGCCAAUAGUUAAAUUUCUCCUGUUUUUUGUGGAUUCUUAUUAACUUUUACAGGGUCAAUUCUUUCUAAGGAAUAAAUCUUUUAGCGUGUGAGGAAGAUUAUUGUAAGAUAGUGGUGAGAGCACAGCAUCACUUUUCUACCCAAACUUUGUGCGAUGUGAAUUUGUAACUGCGUGUGUUUCAAUUGUCAAAAGUGGGCCGUUUGGCCAAAUUUAGUUCCUUCUGUUUUUAAUAUGGACUUCAUAAGAAGCAAGGUUGUUGAUUUUUGUUUACAAAGUGUGUGCGAUCGUUGGGUAAAAGAUCAUUAGACUCAUUAACGGUUAUGUGAUUGUAGUCACUGUGUAAUAUUUUCCUUAAUUCAAUUUUACAAUUAUAAUUAAUUUUCAUGUGAAAAUAUUAAUUUUUUAUUCAUAUUUACAUUAGUACAGGCUUUAUCAACUUACCUUAAUUACAGUUUGAUAAAUACCGGUGUUCAAUUUAAUUUUAGAGCUAUUACGUGUUUCAUUGUUUUAAGAAUUGAGGCCAAGUAUUCUUUUUUUCUUGAAUUUAAAUUUUAAAUUCUGUUUUUAUAGUAAAUUUAUAAAGAAAACAAUCCUCAACACAACUAGAAAUGUGAUAGCCUCAUAAUGGUAGCCUUAAAGAUGUUUCAGUUUCAGAAACGUCGUAGGAGAAAAAUAUUAAUAAUAAGUAUUCAAUCUAAAAACUUAAAUGUGUUUUUUUGAGGUUUAAAUAACAUGUAAUGCCAAUAAAUAAAGAUUUAUGACGGCAGCAGUUAAAUUCUGUGUGUGAACGAAGAUAUUUACGUUAAAAAAUGUAAAAUUGAUGUUUAAUAAACUUUUAUGUUAAGGCAAAUCAAUGGAAACGCUUAUUUUUUUUUAAAGAAAAAUGCUAUUUGGUAUGAAUAAAGGUUUCAACUUUAAGAAAAUAUUUAAUUUCAUGUUAUUUAAAGAUUUUUAUUGUAUCCAGGACAUUGACAUCCCAUUUUCUUUAAUCAAAAAGGCUUUCUUCAACAUAAAGUGCAAAAAUUAUAAAUAAUAAAAUAUUGCUUUAUUAAUAAGGGAGAAAAAAAUCUUUGUUAUUUUUUAAACUUUUAUAAAUUAAGUGUUCAAAUAUUAUUAAACAAUUAAGAAAAGCCUUUUACUUAGAAAAAACUUAAUUUAUUCAUUGAAAGUGUACGUUUUAGUGAGUGUUUUCUGAAUAUUUUUAAUGAAUAUAAUAAUUAAAUAAGUACAUAUAUCCUUCCGAUGAAUUAUCAUAUAAAAUACUGCAGUUCAAUCACAAAUUGUUUAAAACUUUUAGAAAAAUUGAAAUAAAAAAUAUAAAUUGCAGGUAAAUUGCGUUUUCACUCGAUGCUUUAUAAUUUGGAUAUCAGUUUUGCAACAUCAGAAUCUCAAUUUCUUAAGAGAAAAAACAGACAAUGAUGGAAACAAACACUUUGAUGUUUCGAUACCAUCUUCAUUUUUAAAUCCUAUUGCCUUAUCCCAACGAUAGACAAAUGACACAUCUUAUUCAUUGUUUUCAUUUAUUUUCAUUCACUUAUCAUUUUCAUCAGAGUGGUUUUUCUUUUCUUUUUUAAAGUAUUCUGACAAAUGACGAAUUUACAUAUUUAUUUCCCUUGUACUGCAGAAUGAUAAUAAUGUUCUAUUUUGCGAAUAAUUUAAUUUAAAUAAGUUCUGGUAUAUAGAUAAUUUUUUUUCUCUAAAAAUACUUAAUUUCUGUUUUGCUUCUGGUUCAAUGUUUUUACAGUUUCGGGAAUUCAAACAAAUCUGGGAUCGAUAUUUAUAAAUAUACAAUGAGUAAAAAAAUUGUUAGAGAA